UUGUGCAGUUAAAUGCCUCAUUUUUGUAUUUUCAAAUGAAAUAAAAUGUGUGUUAGACUAAGGCAGAUUAAAUUAUGUUCAUUCUCAAAAGAACUUCUAGUCUUAAACACUGUUUUUGUCAGAUUCAUUGCCAGUGAGCUUGACAUACCUGAUACCUUGCUUGAGCACCAGGUACAUUAUGGUACAAUGUUUAUUACAGAUUAUCAGUUGGAGCCAUAGUAUUUUAGGGCAGUUAGACUCAACAGAGCGAAGUAAGUUUCCAUGUAUCCUGACAGACAGGUAUGCAUGUGAUCUCAAUGUUGUAAGAAUGAUGAGACAGAGGACACUUGGUAACAGCAGUAGUCUAGUGUGCAAGCAGAUUGCUGAAAAUCAUGGCGAGAACUACUUAGAUAAGUGCCGCCAGUAUGCAACCAAUUAUAUGGCCUUCCAGAAAUCUGCAGCCAAAGGCUUAGUGACCAUCCCAAACUUUGCAGAGCCACCACCAGUGAUGAACAUCCCCAGGCAUCGCUGGUUUAUGAAAGUAUAUCUUCUGGAUGUCAUCUCUAGACUGGACUAUCAAUUGGCUGAGUUGACAUCCAUUACAGGAGAUAUUCUUAAAAUUGACUCCACCAAGAAAGUAACAAAUAAGCUUGCAGGUUUCAGCAGAGGUACAGCGAUGUGGGCCACAAAUGUUGGUAAUGAACAUGGCCAGGUCCUCAUACUUGACUCCUGGCACUUUAUGCGAACGCUUUCCGAAUGGCUGCACAACCGACAAACACCAACUUUACGGUCCCUUCAUGGCAAGGCUAAGUCGUUGUAUAUCUUCAAGGUUGAUGAACAUGACUAUACACUUCUGAUGAAGGCCAAGAGACAAGAACUUGUUCAACAGGGUGUCCCAAGUCCAACAGAAAAAAUGUGUGAACUAGUUGGAGCUGCAGUAUUUAUACGACCAAACUGGCAAACAAAUGCAAGUUUAAGCUCUACAAAGGGAACAAUUAGAGAAGGAUGA